GUUGCGCUCUGCCGUUUCCGCUAUUGGCUGGGGCGGCCUCGUGCGAUUCGUGUCACGAUGACGCUGCCAGGCAACCUGGGGAGGCGACAGUAAGAUAGGAGCGGGCCGGGCUGGCAGUGUUGGACGCGGAGCGGCGGGAGUCACCGAGCUGGAGCAGUGUGUGUCUUCAUAUCAUACCCAUUCAAGAGCAUAAUGGUGGAAAAACAAGUCAUUAAUCCUGCCCAUCCAACAAAGUGCAGCAAAGAACAUCCCUGUGACACCAGCUGUUCCUGGAGCCCAGGACCUGAAAAAGAAGGGUCUCAUCAUCCCAUGAACACACAAGAAACUGAUCAGGAGGUGUGCAGAAACAGUGCAGAGUCUGUCCUGAGACUGCGCAGAGGACACAUGCCAGUCAGCUCUGAGGACACAGACUUAAAAAAUGACCACUGUGAUGAUUUGUGUCCUCUCCUGGUGGACCCACCUCCAUGUCCUGCCCCAGACAGUACGCCAGAGAAGUGUGAUCACGUAGAGGAGGCCGGUCAAGAGGAUGAAGGAUUCAUGGGAAUGACCCCUCUCCUUCAGGCCCACCAUGCCAUGGAGAGGGUGGAGGAGUUUGUCUGCAAGGUUUGGGAAGGCAGGUGGCGUGUAAUACCCCACGAUGUGCUACCAGACUGGCUGAAGGACAAUGAUUACUUACUGCACGGUCACCGGCCCCCAAUGCCUUCAUUCAGAGCAUGCUUUAAGAGCAUCUUCAGAAUACACACAGAGACGGGCAACAUCUGGACACAUCUGUUAGGCUGCGUGUUCUUCCUGUGUUUGGGGAUAUUCUACAUGUUUCGACCAAAUAUGACAUUCGUCGCCCCUGUGCAGGAAAAGGUGGUGUUUGGGAUGUUCUUCUUGGGUGCCAUCCUCUGUCUGUCCUUUUCAUGGCUUUUUCACACGGUCUACUGCCACUCCGAGGGUGUAUCCCGUGUCUUCUCUAAGUUGGAUUACUCCGGAAUUGCACUCCUCAUUAUGGGCAGCUUUGUUCCUUGGCUCUACUACUCCUUUUACUGUAACCCGCAACCUUGCUUCAUCUACUUGAUCAUCAUCUGCGUACUGGGCAUAGCAGCCAUUAUCGUAUCCCAAUGGGACCUCUUCGCCACACCCCAGUAUCGAGGUGUAAGAGCUGGUGUCUUUGUGGGUCUCGGUCUGAGUGGAAUCAUCCCUACACUGCACUUUGUUAUCUCAGAGGGGUUCCUGAAAGCGGCCACCAUGGGUCAGAUUGGCUGGUUGAUCCUAAUGGCCACCCUGUACAUCACCGGGGCUGCUCUCUAUGCUGCACGGAUCCCUGAACGCUUCUUCCCUGGAAAGUGUGACAUCUGGUUCCAUUCCCACCAGCUGUUCCAUAUCUUCGUUGUGGCUGGAGCAUUUGUCCACUUCCAUGGAGUGUCUAACUUGCAGGAGUUCCGUUUCACUGUGGGAGGAGGCUGUGCAGCCCAAGAGGUGCUGUAGGAAUCUCGCCACCAUGGAUUACGUGCAGCAUGUUCUGAGGGCAACCACCACACAGGGUGGGAGGGAAGAGUUCUCCCCCAUUGUGUGACAAGGGGAGGCGAGACACAGGAGGAAUAAAAUCUUCAAAGCCCUGACUGACUGUGGAACCUAACAAUCUUACCUCAAAGAUUCACUACCAAGUGUAUGAAGUUAAUUUAUUCCCGGGGAGUGGGUCCUGUACAUUUAACCCUUUCAGCUCUGGAGGGGUGGGUGGGAUUUUUUUCUCUCUCCAGCACUGAUGUGGUUAAAUUAUUUUUGCUACUCGAGCUUCCUACAGAGAGAAUUGCCUGCAGGUCUCAAGUGGUGAAUAUCUAUUUAUAUUUUUGUUGGCGAAGGGUGUUAUAAUUAAUUAUUAUUUUUCUCUCGGAUAAGAUUCACUAUUUGGUAAAUGGUGGUUACAUUGUUUUCCAUUACUUUUUGGGAACCGUGGGAGAGAGGAGUGGUCAGCAUAUUUGGUGUAAAUAGUUAUAAUUAAAAUAUAAAAAAAAAAAAAAAACACUUUCUAAUUU